AUGCCUUCCCAGAUAUUAACACAUGAGGAACAAUAUGACCUGGCUAUAUGCAAGGGACAGGGUCUCGCUCAGCAAUUCUUUGUUCAGGUUCUUGACAAUCCUUCAGCAGUUGCAGUCGUUGACGGCGAAACGACUUUAACGUAUCAGGACCUGCAUGGAAGGGCGGCAAUGCUCGCCCGAGAGCUUCAAGGAGGACCUCUUCAUUUAGAGGAGCCCGUGGGUAUUGUCGUUCAGCAUGGGGUCGCAGAUGUGGUUGCUCAGAUGGCAAUUCUUUAUGCUGCAGGCACUUGCGUUCCCAUAGACCCGACCCUACCAGAUCCACAAAUCAAGGCCCGUCUGCAGAAACUCGAUGCGAGGUAUGUCCUGGUUGACAAAAUCAAUCAGCACCGGGAUUUGCCGUUCUGCCAACUUGUUGUCGAUGGAUUGGACUCUAUCCCUGUCAAGGGCGCGCAUGCUUUGGACAUGGACGAGCCUGCUCAGACCUCCUGGGAGCACCGGACACACAUCAUACAUACUUCCGGUACCACCAGUGAGCCCAAGGCUGUUCAGAUUGCUGCGCGCUCAAUUUUGCAAGUUGUCUUCCAUGCACCUUUCGAACCUCUGUACCCGACGGACAGGGUAGCACACGUGAACAAUUCAAGCUUUGACGUCUCCCUUUUCGAUAUAUGGGCACCACUCUUACGCGGGGCCUGUAUUGUCGUUGUUACCAAAGUGGUCUUGUUGGAACUUGAGACCUUAGCUAGAUUUAUCGAUCGCCAGGGUAUUACAGUGAUGGCUACCACCACUGCUAUUCUGAAUCUGGCUGCUUCAGUAUACCCGCGUGCCUUUGAGAAAUUGCGGUUGUGUUUUAUCGGAGGCGAAGCGGCCAAUGUCUCUGCCAUUGACACUAUCUUCCGAGAGGGCCCGCCAGGUCAGCUGAUCAAUGCGUAUGGCCCGACAGAAUGUUGCAUUUUCUGUCUUGCGCAUGAAGUGACCUUGGCGGAUGUAGAGACUGGAGCGGUUAGUAUUGGAAAGCCAAUUGGACGUACUGUCGCUUAUAUCUGCGACGAGGCCGGUCAGCCAGUUCCAGAUGGUCAAGACGGUGAACUGCUCAUUGGCGGGUCAGGUGUUUCACCAGGAUACAUCAAUGAAACGGAGAGAAAUACGACCUCUUUCAUCGCCAUCGAAGACAGCAAAUGCUGUGAGCGAUUUUACCGUACUGGUGACAUUGUCCGCCGCCGGGUGACAGAUGGGCAAAUUGAGUAUGUUGGCAGACGGGAUCACCAGGUUAAGGUUCGCGGAUACCGAAUCGAGCUUGAGGCUGUUGAGUCUGCCGUGAUGAGAACCGGUCAAUUCUCAGACGCAGUAGCAUUGAAGGUUGAGACUGGCACGGAUGGGUCGGGAUCGGUUUUGGUUGCCUUUGCAGUUGCUGUUUCUGGAGCCAAGUCUCACGCCAUCUUAACUGCGGUGGAUAUGCUGAAAGCGGUCUUGCCAGACUAUAUGGUUCCCAAGAUCGAGCUCAUAUCCAAAAUGCCCUUCAAUAAUCAUGCCAAGGUUGAUCGAAAAUAUCUUGCCCAGUUAUUCCGCAACAGGUGGACCCAACAGUCUCUCCAGUUGGAAAAAGACGAAACCACUCGCGGCAGACUUGCACAUCUAUGGGCUAGCAUCCUAGGCCUCCCUGCCCCGCCAUCCAAUGACAAUGCCGAUUUUUUCCUCCUUGGCGCCACAUCUAUGCAAGCUUCUGUCCUCAUCAGUCAUAUCCAGAGAGUGUUCGAUGUCCAAGUGUCACUUCUGACGCUAUAUGACAACAGUAGUCUGACCUCGCUGGCCGGUAUAGUGGAACAGCGAAGACUCGGUGCCAAAGAGAGCUUCUGUAAGGAAUCAGAGAAACACCUGUGGCUAGAGGAUAGUAAGCUCGGGGACAGCCUAGCUCCUCAUUCAGGCCCUGUGGUUGAUUGGUGCCGCGACACGGAAGGACGAGUAUUCUUAACCGGAGCUACCGGUUUUGUAGGCUCAUUCUUCCUGGCAGAUUUACUUCGUCAGCCUAAUGUGCAUCAAGUUGGAUGCUUGGUACGCGCCGUGGAUACAGCAACUGGGUUCAAGCGUCUCCAGAAUGCUCUAUCAAAGUAUGGCCUAUGGGAGGACCAGUUUACCUAUAAGUUGCUGCCACUGUGUGGCACUUUGGAGGAUAAGUGUCUUGGGUUGGGGCCGGAUAGAUUUGAUGAAAUAGCCCACUGGGCAAGCGUUAUAUUCCACCUCGGUGCUCGAGUUAACUACACGCAGCCAUAUUCGCUUCAUCGUCCCGCAAAUGUCCUAGGCACGCUCAACGUCCUGCGCCUGGCAUGUACAGGUCGCUCUAAAGCCCUGCAUUAUGUCUCCAGCAUCUCCUGCUUUGGACCAACGGGCACUAUAACAGGCACCCAAAGGGUCAUGGAAGACGAGUCUCUUCUGCGACACCUAGAUGCACUCCCCUUUGAUCACGGCUAUGCUCAAAGUCAGUGGGUGGUGGAGAAUAUGCUUCAACGAUUAAUCGACAACGGGUUCCCAAUCGCUGUCUACCGACCUGGGUUCAUUACCGGGCAUAGCCAAACAGGCGUCUGCAAUCCGGAUGACUUCCUGAGUCGGUUGAUCAUUUCCUGCGGGGCCAUGGGAUACUAUCCUUUACUACCAAAUCAAAGGAAGGAAUUUGUGCCUGUUGACUAUGUCAAUGCUGCUAUCCUGCACAUCGCCUCGUACAGGCCUACUACUGUUGGCCGGGUAUAUCACAUUGUACCUCCAAAUCGAAAUCUCUCACUAGAUAUGAAUGACUCCAUGGAGUUGAUUAGUUCAUUGCCAGAAGAUGGCGAUUCUCCUGUGAAAGGUGUAAGCUAUCAAGAAUGGGUCCGCGAGCUGGAAAAACAGUCACCAGAACGGCUUCGACCUCUACAGCCCAUGUUAACGGAGAAGCUCUACCAGGGGUUGACACGGUGGGAGCUAUACGAGAACAUGCCUGUAUACGACACCACCAACACCAAAGAGGCGCUUGAGAGCUACCCUGGCGGACUCAGAUUCCCCAUGGUAGAUGCCCACUUGAUGCAAAAAUAUAUCCGUUAUCUGCAAGCACCAUUGAUGUGCACCAGAUUGGAAGAUGUAUCGAACGGCUCGAAGAGCUAGAGGAGGAGAGAGGAGAGUGAUCAACGACUCUGCUGGUUUGCUUCCCCAAGAAUGUGUAGAAAUUUAGUGUUGGAUAGAUGUCUUCAAUUAUGAACUGUACCUGUGCUUCCUUUGGUUUGGGUCGCUGUUCUUGCUGUAAAUGUCCUCAGUCAUGGCGGCAACGGAUUAGUCUUGGCUGCGCACUGUCCAUUACCUUGACAGGUCAAUGCAGCAAUUAAUGUCAACCUCCCUAUACUGUGGUCUGAUCUUAGCCCCUACUCCCGGACCAUUUACCACGUGGACUUCAGGGUUAAUGAAUUCCCUGAUCAUCCGUAUGGCCGGGGUUAGACUACACAUCAAUUCAUCUAAAAAUAUUUCCGAUUAUUGAUAGCAAUCUAUCGUCUCGGUUCGCAUAGCUUCUAGGUCCAAACGGGUAUG